AUGGCGAAGAGAGGCAAAAAUGAGAACAGUGCAGUUGACAAACACAAAGUAUUCGUUCGAAACAUCAGAGAAAAUGAUGUGGGCACACUGGAUGAAGAAUUUAAGAAACUUUGUAUAAAAUAUUUCUUUUUUAAAAAUAAAAACAACUCAACAAAAAGUGCAAUCUGCUGCUUUAGAAGUGAUCAAGAAGCAGAAAACUUUAUUGAAAAGUACAAUGAUAAGAAAAUACAUAGCAGUAAUAUAAAAUGUGAAUUUGCCUUCAAAAAAAAGUAUAAUGAAAAGAAGUUAAUGUCCAUUAUCUACCGACGACAUAAAAUCAACCAUUUAAACGCAAUAAAAAUUUACACAAAUUAUGACAUCGACAACAUUGUUGUACUUAGCUUUUUGAAAAAUAUCUUCCUCUUGAAUAGACAACAUUUGGUUAAUAUUUUAGAUGAGCAUGUUAAAGAAGAAAAAAAAUUGUCCAAAAGAAAAGUAGCAGAAUCAGGUAAUAAAGAUGGAAAAAACGUUCUUGAAAACAUUCAAAAUAUCGAAAAUAUAAAUAAUGGUAUUGAGAGUGUCCAAAACGAGGACUAUAACAUUAAGAGUGCGAAAAAUAGUGACUACAGUAAUGCCGGUUACAUUAAACAUAACAACCAAAAUGAAGAGGAUGGUAUCGAAAUUGUUGUAGAAAAGAAACACAAAGAAUUCGAAGAAAUCGUUGUAAAUAUUGAGAAAGGAUAUAAAAGGAUCGAUAAUAAAAUAAAAGAAAAAUUAAUUACAGAAAUGAAUAGCAUGUCUAAUAGGUAUAAACUAGAAAAUGAAAAAUUCUUUAUCUACACUGUGGAAUUUCUAAAUUUAAAUUUGGCAGCCCGUUUCUAUUCGUACAUUAACAAGAACAAUUUCGAAAAUUAUUUGAAAGAAAAUAUUCAAAAUGUUAAAAAGGACAUUCAGUUCCAUCAUCAGUUAUGCUACCUAAAUAAAGAUAAUAGAAGAGUUAUUAUAAAAAAUAUAAAGAGAACAUGUCAUAUAGAAAAUAUUCAAAAAUUAUUUAAACAUAUAGAAACAAAUCCAUUAAUUUAUAUACCCAAGAAAAAUAAUAAAAAAAUGGGAUAUGCAUUAGUUACCUUUUCAACUUACGAAAAUCUUAAGAAAGCACUCCUACUUAACAAGUCGAAAUUAUGUGGUAGUAUAAUUACCAUUGAUGAAGACAGAAAUAUAAGGUUAAUGAACAAAUUGGGUAUACAAGUAGAAGAAGCUGAGGAAGCACGGUGGGCAGAGGAAACAGGGGAAAUGAGGGAUGCACACAUGGGAAACCUCGACAAUGAUGAUGAUGAUGAAGAGACGCACGCAGGAACAGACAGCGAACGAGAGAACAAACGAGAGAACAAACGAGAGAACGAACGAGAUAACGUAAGAGACCUCGAAUCGGAGGGAGAAGCAGAUGAGGAUCACGAGAAAGGAUCCGAUUGCAAUGAAACUGCGCUUACGAAAAAGAGAAACCACAACGAUCAUCCAAAUGAUAUUGAUGAAGGAAAAACACUGUUCAUUACAAAUGUACCUUUGGGAAGUACCGAGGAAGAAAUAGAAAAUUAUGUGGUAACAAAUAUAAGCAAAAAUUUUAUCUACAUAAAAACAUGCCAAAAUAACAGCAAAAAAAUUUCAGUAUUUGUGAAACUAAAGGUUAAAAAAGAUGCAGACAAUUUUUUAAAAAAAAUUGGAGAAUAUGAUGGUGGAGAGGAGGAAGAGGACGAAAAUGGCGAAGAAGAAAAUGUAAUUGAUAAAUUUUACAAUUUGAAGAAGAAAAAAAAGAGAGAAAGAAUGAAACAAAUCUUACUUAAAGAUCAUAAUAAGGGACAGAAUUCAGAACUUUUAUUUUUCAAAAAUAAUUAUUUAAUGAUUAAAAGGGCAGUUAGUAAGGAGACCAUAAAAAAUAAAAAAAAAUUCCUUAUAGAAGAAGAAAAAAAAAAAAUAAAAUCGAAAAAUAAAAUGCACAAUAAUAUUCAUUUGAUACAAGAUAAUGAUAUUAAUAAUGACCACUUAAGUGAAAAUAUAAUUAAAAGAAACAAUAAUUUAAUGGAAAAAAAAAAAAAACUUUUAAAAAAUAAAAAUUUCUUAAUAAACCCUUGUAGAAUAUACGUUCGAAAUUAUCCAGCCGCGUUAGAACAGAAUACAUUUCGUCAACUUAUAACGAAACAUUUCACUCCUAUAUUUAUGAAAAAAGAAAAUUUAAAAAAAAAAGAAGCUUUCAAAAAAGCCAAUGAAAUUAUUAAAAAAAUGAAAAUAAUGAAAGAUCACACAGAUCAAAAAGAACCAACACAAAAUGAGGCAAAAAAUAAAAAAGAAAAAGACAAGAAAAAUAACAAUACAAAUGGAAAAAAUAUUAUAUGCUUUAUUGACAUUAACAAACAUGAACAUGCCAAACAAAUAAUUUGCUUGUUGCAAAAUAGAAAUAUCUACGAACUAAUUAAUGAAAUCAUUUACAAAAAAAAAUUUCAAACCAUUCGAAAAAAUAAAAAUAUAAUGUAUGUCGAUUAUUGUAUUGAAGACAUACGAAUGAUACAUAUCAAAAAAUUAAAAGAAGAAAAAUUUUUAAAUCACAUAAAAGAAAAAAAUAUAGCAACAACGACUAUUACGAAGAAAACUAUUAAAAAAAAAAAAAAAGAAAGUAGAGGAAAAAGACAACGUGAAAAAAGGAGACUCCUAAAAAUGCAAAAUGAAAAUACAAACAUCGCACAUGUAAUUAAAACUAUAUCGGCAAGCCAUUCGACAUGUACAAAUAUAUCAGUUGGGAAUAACAAAGGCUCCAAUGCAAAUGGGACAUAUGAACCGGAUAAAAACAUCAGAACAAAGGAAAAAUCAAAAUUGAUAAAAAAGAAUGGAAAGCAAAAUGCCAAUUCUAAAAAAAAAUCGCGCAACAAACAGAAGGAAAUGGCAGAAACAGAGGAAAAAAGGAAAAAUAUAAAAAACACAACUAGCAAGAAGUUAAUCAAAAAGGCAGAAAAGAAAUGCGGAUCCAAAAAGAAAACCGAAAUUGUAAUAGAAUAA